AUCAAGCAUUUUCUUGAUUUAUAAAUUAAAUUCAGUCUUAUUUUGUAUCCUGAGUGAAGGAAAACUUUGAAAUGUCUGAAGACAGUGUAGUCAGCACCAAAUUUAGAGUAUUAGAACUGUUUGCAGAGUUAAAUGAUUUUGAGUUGGACUCGAUUGAACAGUGGAUUUGCAGUCGUUCUUAUAAGAAAGAGUUAGAAACCAAAAAGUUGAUGCAAAUAUCUGAAAGAUGUCUGGUAAAGAUUGGAGAAACUAUCAAAGAGAUCGUGCCGUUUGAGGCUGAAAUGCCAUCAGAGACGAUCAUCCCGCCAACGGUAGGGGACCAAGCGGAUUGCAACACCGUCAACACAUGCCAUGUAGACGAGUUCUUGUAUGACCAAGACGAGGUGGUUGACUUGGUGAAAGUGGGGAAACUGAAGAAACAUUACUGUUUAGAUUGCAACUCACGUAAUGUACAAGAAUUAACCCUCAUAUCACAUUCUAUGUCCAGACAAUCCUUACAGUACAUAUUCAAAGUCUUGCUUCCUUCAGAUUUAGAAGACAAACAAAUCCUAGAUGUAGGAUCUAGGUUGGGAGCAGUACUUUAUGGAGCUUAUUACUUUUCAAAUGCUGGCACCAUUGUUGGGAUAGAAAUGAACAAAGAAUUCUGCGAUGUCCAAAACAGAAUUAUCAGCCAAUACUCGUUGGACAACAAUAGAAUAAAAGUUAUAAACUCAGAUGUUUUAGAGCGAAGUGACGUAGUUCAGAGUGCUGAUGUCAUCAUAAUAAAUGUUUUGGACUUCUUUGUUGACAUAGAAAAGCACAAAGAAAUGUGGCGCUUCUUUAAAAAAUACAUCAAAAAGGGAAGCUACUUAGUAUGCAACAGGAGUAUGGCAGACACACUUAGCUAUUUGGACAUGUCCGAGGAAUCUCUGAACUGGAUAAGCAUUUGUAGACCAAGCCAACUGGAAAAUGAAAUCUUUUUUGAUAUUGAAGAUUGUAGUGAACUAUUUUUGUACACAGUAAAUUAAAUGCAUUUUCUAAUA